GGCACGGAGAGGCUGGGAGAUAUAGGCUAGCAGGGGUGAUAACAUUGCAGUCUCUCUUCAAAUGACAGGUGUUUACUUUCAACCAAUACGGCGCUUCUAAAAAGAACUCGUCUUCUCACCUGGUCUCAUCAUUAUUUUUCAACUUUUAACUUAUCACUUACAUGCAUCUCUCCAAAGAUGUGCGAAAUGUGGAAUUUUGUCCAACGGUGACCUGUCAACUACCGUCUCGAAAGUCAAGCUGGGUAUCAUUCCUUGUUUUGCGAUGCUCUUCCUAUCAAUGUAGAAAAGUGCGUGGUCAUUUUCAGCGCCGAAUCCACGGAGGAUGUCGACGAAUCACCUUGCCUCUGCUGUUAUUCUUUACACCUAUUUAACUGUCUAGUGGAGUCAAUUCGAUGAUUUAUAUAAAGACAAAGUUUGACCGACACAAGUGGUCAGCGGAAAGCCUUUGGUAAUUGCACACACUGGACCACCUGUCCAGAAACAUGAUGCGUACUUCAAACAUACUAAUUUAGAAAGGAAGAUAAUUGCCAAGUAGCCAAAGAAUAGACAGGCAACGUUCAAGAUAUUGCAUUGUCUCGCCUUUGGUGGUGUACUAGCCGGAUUGACAUAAUCUCUGGAGUUAUUGUAUGUGCGCAACGUUGAAGGAUACAGCCUUAGAAUGUUUGUAUUAAUGACAUUUGGAGUAAGAUUUUUCACUCUCGUGUAUUAACCACUAUCGUCUUUUGUGGAGACCAUCUAAAUGGGAGAGUACCUGGAAAACUGACUCGGAAUUGUCGGGAAAAUGUGGAUAAAACGAUGUAUUGCACGCAGUCCAAUGUCUGCACUACGGCCGGGGAGUUGUCUAGGAUGUCGGGUGUGGAUACUCCUGGCCAUGACCAACCUCACCCUGGAUUUCUCCCUGUGUAGCCCCCUCAGUCAGGGUCUGGGGUUUAAGCUCAUCCCCAAACCUGUGAGUCGCCCCCGGCCCCGCUCUGCGCCCUUUUGGGAUACUCCCAACAUGCUCCACUGGAGGACUGUGAGCCCACUGGUGCGUCGGCUUCUGAAUCCUGUCCCCCUGAUGGACGGCAGGGGAGGGCCGGGGCCAAAGGUUAGUGGACAAAUGUACAGGAGACUGGCACAUAAAGGAAAGCCAUGUAAGGAGUGCCAGUUGAAAUACACAUCCACUGAGGCAGAGGCAGUGGCGGCAGCAGCAGUGGUAGGUCUUCCCAGGGGGAGCAAAACGGACAUGGCGAGGUUGUUAUUGAGGGCGAGGAGACAGCUAAAAUGGGACAAUGACAACAAAUCUCAGGAUGGUAGGACCACAACUGUGGCUGGAUAUAUUGACUGGGGACCCACAGGGACAGAGGACAACUUUGAUGACAGUGAGGGGAAAACCGCAACCAACUCUACGCUGUCUACAAAGGCCUUGACCACUACCGUGGCCACCACCACCACAAAGAGCCCCCAGAGGACGUUUGCAGUGAUGACCACUCCACACCCCAGAAGGCUGAGCACCACCAAGGCCAGCAUCAGCUUGGGGGAGACUGUCAAACCACCAAAGCCAAAUGGAGACACACCAGGUCUGGCAGUUCACCAGAUUAUUACAAUCACUGUGUCUCUCAUUAUGGUCAUUGCAGCCUUGAUAACUACACUUGUCCUUAAAAACUGCUGUGCACAGUCGGGGAAUGGCCGUCACAGUAGCCAUCAGCGGAAGAUCCACCAGCAAGAGGAGAGCUGUCAGAACCUGACUGACUUCACCCCAGCCCGUGUGCCCAGCAAGGUGGACAUCUUCACCGCCUACAACGACAGCCUACAGUGUUCGCAUGAGUGUGUGCGCACUGCUGUGCCCAUCUACACUGACGAGAUGAUCCAGCAGACUCCUAUCUACAAGACCACCUACAAUGGAAAUAGACCUUCUCCAACUGAAAGGCAGCUGAUUCCUGUGGCCUUUGUGUCAGAGAAGUGGUUUGAGAUUUCCUGCUGACCAACUGAAGGCUUUUUUACAGUAUGUCACAAGAGUGGGACAUACUUUCAGAACUUAUGCUCGGGCUCCUAAGGUAAAUGUUUGCAAACAAGUGAAAGAAAUGACUUAAAACAGCCAAUUUUGUAAAAUAGUGGGACACUCUUGACACCGAUGAAGAUGUUUAUUUUUCUAAAAAUGAUGACAAACCAAGCCGCCAUACCGCUGCCACUCCAUAAUAUUUUCCAUAGACCUGUGGUCAAUUCUAGUUAUUCUAGGAUUAAUACAGUAUGUAACUGGAUUUGCGGGAAAAUACCAUCGACGUCAGCAUCACCUUGAGGAGGACUUGCUACCUUGGAGAGCUAGGAGACUCCGUGGAGCUGCUCUCAGUGGAAAAAACUGAGCUGAAUUAAUGAACAAUGUGCCAAUUAUGCCACUAUGUGCCACAGUCUGUACAGAAGGAACAUUCAACAAGUAAUGGACAACUUAAGACAGAGUGCUAUAUUAACCCUGUAUCAACACAACUACAUUGUUAAAAAAAGAAAAGUGAAGAAAAAAUGUUAUUAAAGUAUUUGAACAUGUUUUUCUAAAAUAGUUUUGAGAAUUGUGUUGCAGAGUCCAAAAAAUAUGUAAAAUAUGAAGCACUAUUCAUUGAGAGCAAGAGGGGAAACAAAAUAAAAUGAUUAAUGCUUUAGUUACCACCUACAGUACAUUUAAGGCAUUCUAACUAGGUCCCGUUUUAAAACCAGAGUAGUCUUUCUCUAUUUUUAUACACAAAAAGAGGUCAGUCACAACCUAAACAGUGCAGUUCUCAUGCCACACAAUGUUUGGACUGUUAAUGGCAUUUUGCUGUCCAAUCAGAGAUCAAAGCAAAGUGGACAAUUUCAGAACACUCAUUGAAUUCAAGUCCAGAUUCAUUUCUGAUUCGAUAUGUCUUUUAUGUAGAGGUUCUGGAUAAUGCUUACAUUUUUUUAUUGUGUGCUUACUAGUGCUUACUUUGUUUUUUAUUCCAAUCCUCAAUUGCUGACAAACAGUACAUACUCUAAUGUCCUGCUCUGGUCAGUUCUAUCUGAAUCUGAAUAACUAAGAAAAAAUGUCAGGAUUAGCAGUAUGUUUACAUAUUCUUUAUAGAGUAUACUGCCUCAGGUCACACUCUAAUAAAAAAGUAUUAAUUCCAUUUUCCAUUGCAAGCAUUACUCACGUGAGAUAAGACAUGAUGAUCUACAAUGAGUGGUGGUAAGAUUUGAGCAGUAUUGCACAAGGGUAGAAUAAUCAUUUAAGCUCCACAACUAGCUACAGUAAGUAAGAAAUAUUUACUAAAACAAUAUUCAGUGUUUACCUCUUGUUCCCCAUUCUGUAAUUUCAAUUAUUAACCAGGUACUUUGGGUCUUGGAAUUUCGAUUGGCUGAAGGCCAUGAUAUAUCAGACAUUAUAAAAUGGGUUGUUUUAGCCCUGCCAGAUAAUUGGCUAAAAGCUGUGAUUGAUCACACCAUAUACUACAGUUGUGAGAAACAUAUAUAUUUGUAUUAUUCUUAUUACAUCAAUAACCAGUUUCUGAUAGUAAUAAGGCACCUCGGGGUUUGUGGUACAUGGCCAAUAUACCUAAGCUAAGGGCUGUAUCCAGGCACCCAGUUUUGCCUAGGGGACAGGCCUUGCUGUGGCCAUCCACCACACACACUCUCAUGUCUCAUUGCUUAAACAUACCAUGGGUAUGACUUGAAAUUACUUGUUACUGUUCUAAUUAUGUUGGUAAUCAGUUUAUAAUAGCAAUUAAGGUAGUGUACCUCUGGGAUUUGUGUGUAUGGCCUAAAUACCAUUGCUAAGGGCUAUAUCCAGUCACUCUGAGUGCCAAAGAAAAACCCUUAGCCAUGGUUUAGGGUUCACACGCUCUGCCUCGUAUUUCCAAAAAUAGCGAUAAAAAAACAUUGCUGUUUAUAGUGUUUCCAAACGUUGAUUAGGUAUAGAAAGAUUACAGUUUUCCCAUUCUUUGAAGAUAUAAUAUUUAGAGAAAUAUUAUAUUUAGAUUUCUUUUUACAGCACUGAGACUUUUGGAAGUAUGAUAACCCGCAAUGUUGUGUAUGGUAAAUGUUUAUUGCUGUUUGACUUUCAAAACCAUAGUGAGGACAGAGCAUGUGAGCAAUGUUAAACAAAUAUCAGAACAUCCCUCUGGCAGCAGAUCUUUCCUGAGGUAUCCCUCCAAAUUAGCUGUACAGUCACCUACAAAAUGAUUGGUACCCUUGAUAAAGAUUAGCAAAAAUCUUGCUAAUAUAUGAAAUAAACAACACAGGAAAUGAGUCAUUUUGUAAGAUUUCCAACAUGUGGAAUAUACAGUAUUUUAUUUAUGAUUCAGUGGGUCAAUUCUGGCAGAGACUGAGAUUUCUUUGUACAUUUCGAUUUGUGCUUUAAGUCAUUAUAUAACCAAGUUUUGGCUUAAAUCUAAGGACUUAAACUUCAUGAUGCUGUUGACUGUAAAAAGGGCCCCAGGACAAGUGGAAGCAAAUUAAUAUUAAAUAUCAUAUUUUACAGUAGGUAUAAAGUUAUUUUCUGCACACGUUGACUUUUUCUGAUGCCAAACCCAAUGCUGGUGUGCGAGGCCAAAGUGCUGUAUUUUCGUUUCAUCAGACUAUUGCACUAAUAAUCCAAGUGCCAAUGUCUUUUAGCUCAAGACACAUCCGUUGGUUCUUCUUUCAUCCAUUGACCCUUGGAUACUAUUCCUCUUGAAACAUUCUCCCACUAUAAAUUCUUCCUUCAAUAAAAAAAAAUGCCCAGAUGCUACUCAGAAGAAGCAUCCCCACAACAUGAUGCUUCCACCACCACAAUACUUCACGCUAGGGAUGUUGUGUCUUGAGACAUAGACAGUGGUAGGUUUGUGCCAGACCUAGCACUUGGAGUAUUACUUAAAAAGCUCCAUCUUAAUCUUAUCUGACAACAAACCCUUUUACCACAAUACACUCUCAUGCUUUCAGAUGGUACCCAUUGAUUAAUGUCUUCUUUCUUGCCAGGCUGCAAAACAAAACAGUUUUAUGCAGAACCCUUGAUAUGGUUGACCAGUGCAUAAUUACUCUAAUCCCAUCUCCUAAACAUUGUUGCUCUUUUAAAGUGAUUGUUGGCUUCCAUCACAAGUAUCUGUGUGAGAGACUUUUUAGGGAGAGCAUUUUCUUUGCCGUUCCUGAGUGUGGUGAUGCAGCUUCCACUUCCUGAUGUUUAAUCCAACUGAGCUCAUCUGGAUAUCCACACAGUUAGAUAUUUUUCCUAAUCUAUACAUUUGCAUUAAUAUUUUUCUAAUUUCUGUAGAACGCUCUUUGGACUUAAUUUCAUUAUAGUUUCAUAGCCUACACAAUUCUACUUCAACAGUGGUGUUUUUAUCCACAAAAUGACAGCAACUGUCAUGUAAUGUUCUAAGCUGGAGGUAAAUGGUAAGCAACUGUGUCUUGUUUCUUUCAUCUGUGAAAAUGAGCCAUAAUAAACAAAUAUUUCCCAACAUGAAACUAAUGUCAUCUUAAAGUAAUAGAUUAUGAGUGUCAGUGUUUUAAAAUAAAACAGAAACAUUUCUAUCUACCAUUUUUUAUUUGGUUAAAUGAAAGAAUGGGUCAGAGGUCUGAAUAAUUUUGCAAGACACUGUAUAUUUGUAUUUAAAAAAUCUGAUAAACUGUAUCAGUAUUAAAGAGUAUAGCUUUUCCUUAAUUAUUUUCAAUGAAAUGUAGUUCAUGACCUGUGUUGUUUACAUCAUACUGUUCUCGAGGUGACUGUAUGUACAAUAAGUAGCAAUAUAUACACCGCAAUGUAGUUGUGAGCAUACUUUCUAAAAAGAAAAUGGUGGUGACUGAAUAUGUUGCCUAGUGAACAAUAUACUGUGUAAUACUGUUCCUCCCAAAAGCUCACAUAUAUCAAGUAAUACACUCGCCCUCUUAAAUGUCAAGUGUAGUACAUCAAAAAACAAGUAUGUUCUUUCCUGGUUCCAGAGGGUUGCUCGUGGAUUGGAGCAUGUGAAAUAUCAGUGUGUUUGCCACAUCAGAACAAACUGCAUCAUCAAUUAGAUGCUGAACCACAUGGGUGUUUGGAAAGAUCAAUCAGAGAAAAUAAGACAGGAAUACAGUAAAUUAUUAGUUAACUUCCACAGUUAGUGUGUCUGGAUAAAAAAAAACAAAAAAAAACAUUUCAUUACACUUAUAGGUUGGUAGAAAGCACAAAAAACAUGCAAUUGCAAUUAGUGUGUCAACAGCAAUAUUAACUUCAGAUAUAAAGAUGGAAUCUGGGUUGAGAUCUGAAUUUAUGACAUUUACAAAAUGCAUUACACAUACCAGAUUCAGCCUUUAGCUAUUCUAUUCCUUGAGAUCAAGGCAAAGGUGUACUCUUGUGACAUGUCCAAAAUCAGUGAACAAAAUCUUACGCUUAUGUAACUGGAGGGGGAGAAGAACUGAAUUUCAGUGUUUUUGGUGCAACUGUGACUUCUCGUACAUCAUUCUUCCCACACACACCAAAAUUCCAUGAAUGACCAUGCAAAUCCAGCCCAACAUGUACGUUGAGGUGGAGUUGUGUCAACAUAUAUUUUUUGAAUGAAAAGUAUUAUCCUAAUAGUAAGAGGGUUACAAAUUUACUGUAUAUUAUAUAUGUGUAAAUGUAUUUUCUAUAUAUUUACUUCUAUUUGUGUACAGCUGUGUUCUAUUUUCAGAAAUCUUUUCCUUUUUGGGAAAGGUUCAGCUAGGUCGGGGAUAGUGUCUUUGUUUACAUGUGUAACUACAGUAUUUCUUUCAUAACACAAACUAACCUUGUGCCAAGCUUCCUACCUGCACUUUCAAGCAGUACUUGUAUUAUAUAUUUAGCUAACCAAUACAAUACUUAAAUAGACGCUGCAAUAUUUCACAUACUGAAAAAUCGGGUUUAGAGAAAUAACAGAGCUAUUGUCUAGGAAAACCUACACAGAUGUGAGAAGGUAUUUUGUUUGUAUACAAUAAUGGGUUUGGAAUGCUGCUUUUUGUAGUUUGGUAGGUGGAAUGAUAUUUGCUUCUGGAAAUGUGAUUAGUCUUGAUGAAAAAGGGAAGUAUUGUAAAUCCAAGAAUAAUUAUGAUGAAAGAUAGACACUGAGACUGAGUUUCUUUUUGUACAUUUUUGUUGUAGUAUUUAUAGCUAUAUGUAACCACUGUAGAGAUCAGACAUGUUAUUUUUCUCUUUAACGGCAGGGACAAUUGUUUGUCAUGAGUUGAUACCACAGAUAAAUGAUCAGAAUUGUCAGAAGGUGAUCAGAAAACAAGUUGAGUCAUGAGGAGAACAAAGAAAAAGGGUUUACAGGUUUUUUGACACAAAUUGAACAUCUUCUGAUCAGAUGUUUCGAUAUGAUUGUUUAAAGCAAUUUAUUGAAUCAAUUAUUUUAUAAAGCAGUUGUCACAGUGCUAUAAACAUACCCAGCCUAAAGCCAGUUAAAUACAUUUUUGUAAAUGUAUAUUUGCCUCAAUAUUCUAAAGGAAGUUUUGGACAUGAUAGGAGUAUCAGGGGCACAAUUCCUUUAAUGUGAAUCGCUCUUUAAGUGCUGUCUAUGAGGCGCAGAUGUUUGUAUAUCCUUCCAAACAAAUAUCAAAACAUUGAAUAUUACAAUGGCACCAAAUGCACAUGACCUUAAUUCCAGAUAUGCUGUGAAAUUGUUACAUGUAAAAUCCUUGCAUCUUGCAGUAUCAGAACUCGCUCAAGUGUCUUGAAAUAUGAAUGGUAAUAUGCCCAUAAGACUAAAAAAUAUAGUGUUCCUGGCUUUAGGGUUGUCACUUGAGUACCUAUUCUAUCCGAAUGACUGAUUUAAUGUUCCAUAAGCAACUUACAGGUUUUAAGUUCUUUGCCAACUAUAAUACUGAUAAUGAUAUGUUAUUUAGAUCAGUGGUUCUCAAAUGGGUGUCCUGCAGAGGGCCUGUUGCCAGAUAAAAAACAACAACAACAGGACAAAGUUUUGCCAAGGGGAAUCUGUUUAGAGGGUGUUACAUAAUACAAUGUUAUAUUAAUAGUCUACUAUUUACACUGAAGUUUUUUGGAAAGGGACUAAUUAUUCUUUUUUUGGCUCUGUAUUUCAGUACUUUGAUUUUGAAAUAAUAAAAUGACUAUGGGGUUAAAUGAGGGGAUUUUACUUCUAUUUCAGAUGAACCAUUUAGAAAGAACAGCAUAUUGUGUACAUAGUUCACCCAUUUUAGUGUGCCAGAAAUAUUUGAACUGAUUUCCAAUAAAGUCAUAAUUCUAAAUACUUUGUUGCAUGUCCUUUGCAUGUAAUGAUUUCCUGAAAUCUGGGGCCGAUAGAUAGCACCAGGUGCUGAGUAUCUUCCCAGUGAUGCUCUACUAGGCCUGCACUGCAGCCAUCUUUAGUUCCUGCUUGUUUUGCAGAAAUGUUUCCUUCGGUUUGUGAAAGGCAUCCUAAAAUCAAUUCUCAGUGGGUCAUUGACUUGGCCAGUAAGCCUGCUAUUUUAGUUGUCUUUGACCAAUUCAUUCAAAUUUAUCUGUUUCGUGAUGGAUUAACACAUCUUCGGUCUAUAUGUUGUCAGAUAUUAGUGCCAGACCCAAAAAGUAAAGCCUAGAAUCGACUGUAGACUCUUAUGCAUACACUAAUGCUCCAAACUAAAACUCUUAUUAUGAAACCGAUAUGAAGUCAAUUGUUCAAACUCUUUUGGCACACUAAAAUGGGGGGACUAUGUCGCAAAUGUGCUGUCAUUUCUGAAUGGUUCAUCCGAUAUGGAUGAAAAUCCACUGCAAUGAAAACUGACAGUCUGUGCUUUGACCCAUAGUCAUGUAACAUUUCAUAUCCUUUCAUAUCCUUUCACUUUCAUAUAAGUGUUGGUAUACAGAGACAAAAGACAAUGCAUCAUCUAAUGUUUUUAAGCCUGGGCAAAAUGGGCCUAGGAGGCUGACAUAGAUAUUGCUAACCACAGUAUUCCAACAAUCAAAAUUUUAACUUAAUAAAAAAAAGUUUCUAUGCUAAAAUGUUUUCUUUCAUCUGUCUAAUUGCAAGCUGUGUAGAAUUGCAUAAUAUAAACUUCAAAUUUGAAACAAAAAAUGUAUCUGCUCUAUGAAAGAGUGCAUAGAGGUGCAAGAAAUUAGCUUGAAAACAGCUAAAUGUUCCUGGAGGUAGGAAUUUCAAAUGUACCCUCCCGGGCCAAAGAAUUCACUGCCAAAGUCAUAGUAUAACUCAUAAAGUUAUUUGCAUCUCAAUUGAGUUUGGUUCUGAUUUGGCCCACGAUGAGUUUGAUAUCAGAAAAGGGGUCCCCAAUCCAAAAAAAGUUUGAGAACCACUGAAAUAUAAUGUACUAAAAUAUUGUAUGUACUUAGGGGAUAUCUGUGUUAUAGUCCACUAAUAUGUUCACAAUGCCCUUCCUCAACAUUUGACCUCAGUAUCCUUGUAUCAGUGUUUCAAGAAACUUUUAACCUUUUUGGAAAAAAAUGCUUGAGGAAAUAAAUUAUUGUGGAUGGUUAUUUGCAACAUUGUGAUGAGUCCAAAAUCUGAAAAACUUAAAGAAAAUACAUGGCUCAUUCAAAAAAAAAAAAAAAAUCACAAUGUGUAAUCCUAAUUUAUAAUUUCAGACUACACAAGUAUACUGUAUAUUAACAAUCUAUGUCUUAUCUGGUUAAUUUAUGGAUAGCCCAUAGUAUUAGUUUAGGCAGUUUACUUAAAGGAGCCAUACGUAGAAUGUUUACCUUGUAAUAUCAGAUAAUGUCCAUAAUAUCUGCAGUAAUAGUGAAAUGAUAGUUUCACAAUAUUUAUUCACCCAGAAAUAAUGUUGGGUGACUAGAAAAGCACAUUACGAAAUGAAGACAUGUUGUCAAAUGGUCAACUUUUUUAAGCUGGUCGACCAAAAGUGAAAGUAAAACACUAGCAUGACUGAGAAGUGGGAAAUAUGGGAGAGUUGGUCUGAAUGCAAACAGUUGUUGCAAUUCACCUACAGUAGCUUCCACAUGGAGAAUAUAUUCUACACAUUGCUCCUUAACUGUGUAUAUGACCCAUGUAUGCUCUCAAUGGAAAGUGCAGUAAUAUCAGAGCGCGGAGUGGACUUGGACCAUCAAUCAACCCUAGUAUUUCAAACACAUGGUCUAUUUCCUAUCUUGAGGCCCCACAGCGAUCCAUUUUAUUUAUUUAGGCCCCCAUGCCUGCCACAGUUUUACCAUUUGGCCAAAUAAUGAUCAGUUUGUAUAAGUUACAAAAAUUCUAAGUUAGACAGCUAAAAAAGGAUCAAGCCAUCUGACAAAUCCCUGAUGGCCAAUACACCCCUGAUCAGAGAGAUAUGAAGUUGAAAAAUGUCUUAACACCUUUUGCAAGCAAACAAAUAUCUAUGAGACAAAUCUGCUCAAGUUGUCAAUUCAGUGGUCACAGUAUGUGUCAUCCAAGUAUGACACGGACAAACUAUCAAUAGAUUAAUGGAUGCAGUCACUGGCAUGAGCAAGGGGAACGAAGGUGUGCUGUAUUUUGCUUCAUGUUAAUAAUAUGUAAGUUGUAGUGAUAGCAAGCUAUUUACAUAUUCAAUUCAAUGUUUGCCUAAAGUCUCAGUGGCCCAAGAGGAUUAUGAUGGAACAGUCCAGGACUAGAAUGAUAAAUAUUUCUUGUUUCUCAAUCUAAUCAUAGGCCAGGGGGUUUAGGCUUAAUGUAUUUCAAUAUGGCAAUAUACUGAUGAGGGAGGACAUAUUAUCGUAAUGAGCAUUGUGAGUAGCCUAGCCAACAAUUGAUUGAUAUCACUAGAUUUCUUCAGGCCACUGGCUAAUUACUAUACAGGGGGAUACUUGUAUUCCUGUUCUGAAAGACUUAGAGAAUGAGGAUGAAUGUCUGGGAUGUUUCUGGGUUCAGAAUGUUCAAUUACACUGGAUCUUUCAUUCACACACUGGCUUCCUUGAUCUUUUUAUGAGUUUACGUAUUUCGUGCUUAAACUAUCUGAAGCGGAGGGCUGCAAUUCCCCAACACAGAUCAUGUUUUUAUUUUUCUAUUCAUAAGAGCUAUUGUACUUACAUAAUCACCAUGCAUUCCACUAGUGUCAAUUACUUGAACUCUCGUUUAAUGACGUCACCAUUUGCUAUUUGUCUAUUUUGGGUCAAGCAGAGUCUGUUACCAGGAAACACAUUGGCUACUGCACAAAAGAGGGCCACAAUCUGACACUCAGUAUGACGCCUUGAAAAUGGAGUGUAUAUUGAUUUGGAGUGGUAUAAUGUUGAUAUUUGAGGUAGCAUGACACAAUCAAUAUGUGGUUAUCACUGGACAGGUUGUCAGAAUGGAGCAGAGUCGGCCCUGACAGUGAAGCAUUGUCUGGUCACUUUCUCAGAGUAGAUGAAGCCAAGCUGAUAUACAAUAUAUCAGGGAGGUACUGGGAAGAUGUUUCUUCAGGUAUUGAAAUCAUUCACAAAGCUAAAUGGCAAACACACAAAAAAAUUCACUGGCAGUUUUCUUUCUGGUGUUUCACAUGGGUGCGAACAUGAACGGUUUAUUAAGUGAAACAAUCACAAUAAUACAUACCACUAGUACACAGAACCUGACUGAAGUUUUGUUGAUGCCAUAAAAAGGAAACAUUUGUACUUUGUGACUCUUAAACUUUUUAUAUUUGUGUUUAAUAUAUCAAUGAGUACCUCUGUUACUUUUGUAUAAGUUCUAUAAUAUAGUACACACAUACACACAGAAGGACUGUAUAAACAGUCGGUUUCUGUGUCAGUUAAAUGUUGUAUCAUUUUAUUUUGUAUCUUAUGGAUCACAUCUCUCUUCUUUUUGUAGGUAUUGGUAAUGUUUAAAUUUCCAGGUGAUUUUGAUUUUGGUUACACUUGUUCUUCUAAGCUCUGUAUUUGCAAGCACUGUAAAUGCGAUUCUCAUCGGAUUCGUCCUCUGUACAUUUAGUACUCUGAUGUUGGUAUUAAUAAAAUGUAAAACCACU